UUAACCUAAUCCACAGUCCCAAAACAUCUCAUUCAUUUUACGAACUCUGUGUCUCCAUCUCGCUCCUCCUCACCUUGCCGAUUGCCCGCCACCGCCGCCAGCUAGUCUCCUCAGAUCGCCAUACAGCUUGCCGAUUUGUCUCAGUCAUCCAUGUCGGCGGCUACUUCCUUCUCUCCCUCAGUGGCUGCCGCUGCUGGUUCUGCAUCUUUGUCCUCCAAAACCCUGAAGCCUGCCUUCAAAACCCUAGGUUUCAAUCUUGGGUUUCUCUCGUCUUCGUCUUCGAAGAUAGCUUUGAAAUCUCUCAAAGCUCAAGUCAUGCUUGGAAAUAGGGUUGGGUUAGGCUCAGCUCUAGGAGCUCGCAUGGACUCUAUGCCCGAGAUGACUUCACUUGAUUUCGAAAGCUCAGUGUUCAAGAAGGAGAAAAUUACUCUUGCUGGCCAUGACGAGUAUAUUGUUAGAGGAGGGAGGGAUCUGUUUCCGUUGCUACCUGAUGCCUUCAAGUGCCUUAAGCAAAUUGGUGUUAUUGGCUGGGGUUCACAGGGCCCUGCUCAGGCACAAAAUCUGAGGGAUUCUCUUGCAGAAGCAAAAUCAGACAUUGUGGUCAAGAUUGGUCUCAGGAAGGGUUCUCGUUCCUUUGCUGAGGCACGCGCUGCCGGUUUUAGUGAAGAGAAUGGAACCCUUGGUGACAUAUGGGAGACAAUAUCUGGCAGUGAUUUGGUGCUGCUCUUGAUUUCUGUGGCUUUGCAAGCUGAUAAUUAUGAGGAAAUAUUCACCCACAUGAAGCCAAACAGCAUACUUGGGCUAUCCCAUGGGUUUCUUCUUGGCCAUUUGCAGUCAAUGGGUCUUGAUGUCCCCAAGAACAUGAGUGUGAUAGCUUUAUGUCCCAAGGGAAUGGGUCCGUCUGUGAGGAGACUCUAUGUUCAAGGAAAAGAGAUAAAUGGUGCUGGAAUAAAUUCUAGUUUUGGCGUACACCAGCAUGUUGAUGGCAUGGCCACUGAUGUUGCCCUUGGAUGGUCAGUUGCCCUUGGUUCUCCUUUUACAUUUGCCACUACACUGGAACAGGAAUACAAGAGUGACAUAUUUGGCGAGCGAGGCAUUUUACUCAGUGCUGUGCAUGGAAUUGUUGAGACCUUAUUCAGAAGGUAUACUGAAAAUGGAAUGAGUGAAGAUUUGGCUUACAAGAAUACCGUUGAGUGCAUAACAGGGAAUAUUUCGAAGACCAUAUCAACUCAGGGCAUGUUGGCGGUGUAUAAUUCAUUGUCAGAAGAUGGCAAAAGGGAGUUUGAGGCUGCAUAUAGUGCCUCUUACUAUCCCUCCAUGUGUAUAUUAUAUGAGUGCUAUGAGGAUGUAGCCAGCUGUAGCAAGAUCCGGAGUGUUGUCUUGGCUGGGCGUCGCUUUUAUGAAAAGGAUGGGUUGCCAGCUUUCCCAAUGGGUAAAAUUGAUCAGACGAGGAUGUGGAAAGUAGGUGAACAGGUUCGAGCAGCACGUCCAGUUGGUGACCUAGGCCCUUUAUGUUCCUUCACAACUGGUGUCUAUGUGGCAUUAAUGAUGACCCAGAUUGAGGUUUUGAGGAAGAAAGGACACUCCUACUCUGAGAUCAUCAACGAAAGCAUAAUCGAGGCUGUGGAUUCUUUGAAUCCAUUCAUGCAUGCCCAUGGAGUCUCGUUCAUGGUUGAUAACUGUUCAACCACAGCUCGGCUAGGAUCCAGGAAGUGGGCUUCGCGUUUUGACUACAUUCUGACCCAGUGGGCCUUUGUGGCGGUAGACAAUGGUGAUCCUAUCGACCAGGACCUCAUCAGCAACUUCUUGUCAGAUCCCGUGCAUGGGGCGAUGGAAGUUUGUGCUCGACUGAGACCUACUGUUGACAUCUCUGUGCCUCCUAAUGCUGACUUUGUUCGGCCAGAGUUGCGCCAGUCUGGUAACUAGGUGUUGAAGGACAACAUUUAGUUUGUGUUGUAGCUAGUUUCUGUUUAAGAGGAGAUGUUUGAGGGAGAGAAUAUUUUUUUUUUAAAUCGUAGGAGCACCAGAAAAGGUUUGUCUGGUCUACUUUUGACUCUGUUAAUCCAUAUUUGUAAGCUGCUUUGUGUUUUGUGCUUUUGCGAAUGAAUGAACGAGAUAUUAUUAUAUGCUGUGUUUGUAAUUUUGGGAAAAAAUAAAAUUUGAAGCAAUUCUUGUGUAAUUA